AUGGAGGAGGCCGCGCUUGGGUCUGGCCUGUCUGGCGGAUCCCAGAAUGCGCCGCGGAGGCGUGCAGGCCGUGGAAGACCUGGGGAUAUCGUGGGUGAGGCCAGCUGGGCCAGCAGUGUGAUCAACCUCGUCAACACCAUCAUCGGUGCCGGAGUGCUUGCCAUGCCUCUAGCCAUCUCCCACAUGGGCAUUGUCCUUGGCGUCUGCGUGAUACUUUGGUCUGCAGUCACCGCAGGAUUCGGUCUCUACCUGCAAUCAUUAUGCGCACAAUAUCUCGAUCGAGGAAGCGCCUCCUUCUUUGCCCUGUCGCAAUUAACGUACCCCAACGCAGCCGUGGUCUUUGACGCCGCGAUUGCGAUCAAAUGUUUCGGCGUCGGCGUCAGCUAUCUCAUCAUCAUUGGAGAUCUUAUGCCAGGUGUGGUGCAGGGCUUUGUCGGCAGUGAGCCAGGGUAUGCUUUUCUGGUCGAGCGUCACUUUUGGGUUACAGCUUUCAUGUUGAUCGUGAUUCCCCUUUCCUACUUGCGCCGACUGGACUCUCUGAAGUACACAAGUAUCGCGGCCUUGGUGUCCAUGGCCUAUCUGGUCAUCUUGGUCGUGUAUCACUUUGUCCUAGGAGACACAAAGGAGGAUCGUGGCCCGAUUCGCGUGGGCCAUUGGGCUGGCGCAAUUCCAACUCUCAGCAGCCUGCCAGUCAUCGUCUUUGCGUUUACUUGCCAUCAAAACAUGUUCUCCAUCCUCAAUGAAAUCGCCAACAACAGCCAUUUCCGCACGACCGCCGUUGUCUUCGCCAGCGCCGGCAGUGCAGCCGCAACCUACAUUCUCGUCGCCAUCACCGGCUACUUAUCCUUCGGAAACAGCGUGGGCGGAAACAUCGUCGGCAUGUACCCACCCGGCGUCUACGCAACAAUCGGACGUGCCGCAAUCGUCAUGCUCGUAGUCUUCUCAUACCCACUCCAAUGCCACCCGUGUCGGGCAUCAGUCGACGCAGUGCUCAAAUGGCGUCCCAGACCACAACAAGUCCACCGCACCGAGGGCUCUCCCCACCGACACCCGCUCCUGGGCCCACGCAGAAACCGCCUGCCCGAGCCAAUGAGCGAUCUCCGCUUCUCCAUCAUCACAACCACCAUCUUGAUUCUGAGCUACAUAGUCGCCAUGACGGUGUCUUCGCUGGAAGCCGUGCUAGCGUACGUCGGUAGCACCGGCAGCACAAGCAUCAGCUUCAUCCUCCCAGGCUUGUUCUACUACAAGAUUUCCUCGCCUGACUCACCCACCCACCGUGGGUUACUGAAAGAGGACGACGAGGUGGACGAUGAUCUCUCGGAAGACGACGGGGAUGAAGGCGAGGGCUCCCUCGCGCGCUCUUUGACUGAGAGCGGCCUUUUGCUCCGUGGGAAACGCCACUGGCGCAAGGCCCUGCUUCGCCGCCUCAGUCUGGGACUGGCCAUUUAUGGCUUCCUUGUUAUGAUCGUGUGUCUGAUUACGAACACUUUCUUUAUAGCCUCGCAUUAA